AUGAGCCCUGCCCUGCUCCUGCUGCUGUCCCUCGCCAGCUGCUCCCUGCUCCAGGGGAUGCUGCUGAGGCCACGGCACGUGAGGCUGGAGGCACAGAACUUCCACGUGCGGCUGCACUGGGAGCCAGACCCCAGCUCCCCCAGCUAUGCCACCUACGAGGUGCAGUGGAGGAACAGAACCUCGAGCUGGACCAAGGCAGGUGCCUGCAGGGGGAACAGCAGCAUCUCCUCAGUGUGUGAGCUGUAUUUUGACAACAUUUAUGAUAUCUACUGGGCACGGGUGAGAGUGGUGGCCGGAGGUGAGCAGUCCGAGUGGGCCAGUUCCAGCGAGCUGCAGCUGUAUAGAGACACAAUUGUUGGCCCCCCCAAGUUGUCCUGUCUGCUCCAGGAUCAAAUCCUCAGCGUAAACAUCAUCACACCACGCACUCCUUACCAGAGAAGAACUGGCUCCUACAAGCCAGUCAACCAAGUGCUGCUGAAGCUGUGGUACUGGCUGCACCUGUACGAAGGGGAGCUCCUUGUCCAGCAGGUGUCCUGCGAGCGCAGCAGUGAGGAAGAGCCCUGCACCGUGGGGCAGCUGAAGGCCAGCACUCGGUACUGUGUGCGCACGGUGGCUGCGGGCGUCGCCAGGGAGCGGAGCCGCGAGGCCGAGCAGUGCCUGCUCACUCCGGCAGCCCCUGCAGGCUUUCCAUGGGUCAUUGCCAUGCUGAGUAUCUUCUUCCCGCUGCUGCUACUGAGUGUGGCCGGGCUGUGCUUCAUGAUGCUGCAGCUCUUUCCCAAUCCUCCGGAGACACGCCUCCCAAGAGCACUGGCUGAGCUGACCGUGGCCAUGUGGGUGCCUCCCCUCCAGCUUGAGGAGGACCCACUGGCCCUGCUCCUGCAGACCGUGCUCCCCUCCCGCGGGCCACUCUCAGCUGGGCAGGCAUCGGCCACGGUCCCACAGCUCCUCCAAGGCCUUGCCCAGGAUGUGAGUGGCUACUGUGCCAAUGGCUUUGGCCCAGACUGCCCUGAGGCUGUUUUUUAGCACCAUGGGAUGCAUUUAUUAUUCCUGCUGCCAGCACUGGGAUGAUUUAUGGCCGAGAGCCCUGCCCUGCAGUUUUCCCUCGGAAUGUGUUUUGAGGCUGUGCCUGAAGCCACAGAGGCGAGGGGAAACCUCCUUGUGCUGUGUCACAGACUGGGAUCAGUGGAGUCAAAAUGCAGUGACAAAUCCAGGCUCUUGGACUCACAAGAAUUACUCUGGAUCUGGGAACAGGUGAGGAUCUGGUGUCCAGUGUCCAGGCAGCUGGUGGAGGGGAUGGAGGUACAGCGCUGCCAGUCUUGGGGAGCCUUUGGGGCUGUGCAGGGCCACGUUCCAGCCCUGUGAGUCACCCCUGACACCCCAGCCGUGUUCCAUCCCUCACGCUGCAGGCUGAGGACCAGCUCUUUCCCGAGUCUGUGGCAGGACAAGGGUGCUGGGGUCCCCAUGGGUGACUCAGGCAGUUACUCACUGGCUGCAGGGGCUUGCCCUAGCCCAGGGGUGAUUGAGUAGCUGGGAUGUUCCCACUCACAUGAAAGAGUUGUUCAUGGGGAGUGGAAAAAGACAACAGGCCUGUGACAUUUCAAGGUGCCACUCGGCAGCUGAAGUUUCCGAGUGGAUACGAGAGGGGGUUUCUGCUUUGCCUCAGAGGUGUGAACAGCAUGCAGGUUUCUGCAGAGCCGCAGAGAGAAAGUGCAGCAUUCACUGAGGGGUGAGGUCCCAGCGUGGCACCACUGUGUGCAGUGCAGAGUCUGGGAGGAGUGUCUGAAUUCGGUCCCACUUGAGUCUCUGGCAGGUUGUGAUGCUCUAAACAGGACUGGGCUGUGCUGCAGGAUGGAGCUGGGUCAGGGGCAAGCCCCCAGCUCCAGGCCAACCCCCAGCC